AUGGCGCGCUGCGAGCCCCGGGGGCGGGGGCGGCAGCGGGCGGUGCUGCGCUGGGCGCGCCCGGGACCAGCGAGCGCGCGCUCCUCGCCGCCGUUAGCUGAGCCCAGCGGUUUCGUUUUCCCGCUCGGCCCUGGGUCGGGAGGCCGGAACUCGCCGACCCGAUCCCCUUGCCGGACUGAAAGUGAACCGCGACGGCAGCCGAAGGGAAAGAAAGCGAACGGCGCGUGCGGGUCUGCCGGCGACUUCCGCAACCGCCGGACCCCUUCGCUGGGUUCUUGGCUCCGCCAGGGUGACGUUCCCCAGCUGGGCACAGCGAGGCUUCUUCCGAAAGAAUUGAAACUAAAAAUGAUCUGGGGCCCCGGUGGAGUUUUUUAUAAGCCAGCCCGUGUGGCGAAUGACGCGAGUCUUAGGAGCCCCCUGGAGGAGUUCUCUGUUCUCCGCCCCACCCAUUCCGGGAAAAGAACCGACCCUAGCGAGCGCUCGCCCGAAGCUGGGUGCCCGGCCUCCGCUCUUGGUGAAUCUUCUCAACAACUCCAAGGAUUAGAUGCUAUUAUCCUAAUUCUGUACUUCAGGAAAUUAUACACAGGAAACAGUACUUUGCUGGCUACCCAUCUACUUCCCUCGUUGGGCAAUUCUGUUCCGUUCAAAAUCUCUGAAGCUCUCCACAGGUCGGGGCUGCUGGCUGGCACUCUGAACUUACAAACCCCUGGCUUUUGCAGUUAAGGGCCAUCAUCCAGGGUCUACGGCAUCAGGGUCCUCUCGUCCCAGUUGCUAUCGAGAGAGAGAGAUGGAGUGCAAGCAGGAGAGGGUGAAGAGAGAGGGAGACACAGAAC